AUGAAACGAACAGCGUUGACAAUAGUCACUUGUUGCAUUCUCGCAAUUCUUUCCUUCUUAUGUAGUAUCCCUACAUGUGCCUCUCCUUCUCCGAAAUUACAACUCUUCAAACAACAUUUGCGACAACAACAACAACUCUCCAUUCGAUCAACACCCUCUACUCUUAAUACAGUAGAGAACGGCGUUUGGACCAAUGUUUUUCAACUCUUUGGUAUUCGCUCUCCCAACAAUCAAACCGACACAGAUAACAAUCCCAAAUUCAUUUCACUCUUCUAUGAUGGCAUUCAUCAACUCAUGAGAAUAGAUGCAGCAGGUCUCGGAGGUCCCAAUGCACUUCUCUCCUCCACCACGGUCGUGUUCGACACGUUACGUUUCUACAUGAAUGUCGUCUCGGUUGACUUUUGUAUCUUUGAACACUUGCAUCCCAAUAACACGAAUUGGUAUGGCGCUCGAGUAUUUCCCUUCUCUCAGAAAACUUCACAACAAACAGGUGGUUUUGUCAUUUCCAAUUAUAAACAAGCAAGUUUAGUAAAGAGAGGAAUUGUCAUUGAUCAAUCGAAAUACGUCCUUGGCAUGAAUUCACAACGAGAUUGUAACUUGUACAAAUUGGAGGCACAUUCCGAUUUGGCAGUUGGUUUUGGAUUUUACUUGUUUAAUUAUCAGGGACCUCAAUUCGUGGAUGUUUAUUAUUAUGAAGAUUCGAAAACGAAACAACCUGCUCGAUUUGAAAUUUAUGGAUUGAAUGGAUUUAAGGAUGUCACAACGUUUGAUGUUGUGAAUUUUGAAUUUUAUGGUGAAGGAGAUGAUUCAGCAAAUGUAUUUCAGAAAGACAUGUUUUAUUGGAAUGUGAAACCAACCUGUCAUUAA